UGGAGCUGAUAUCUCAUAUAUUAUUUCUUUGUUCGUUUAUGUUCUGCUACUGCUCCAUCUUGGCUAUCGGUUUAUCUCACCAACCCCACUCACGAGAUCGAAGGACGACACAGGGAUCAGUUCGACUCGUUGGUGGAUCCAACUCACGUGAAGGUCGUGUGGAAGUAUACCUCAAUGGCCAAUGGGGUACCGUCUGUGACGAUCUCUGGGGAACAAGCGAUGCUGGUGUAGUGUGUCGCCAACUCGGCUUUGGAUCGGCCCUGGCUGCCAGAUCUUCUGCCUACUUUGGCCAAGGAUCGGGGCCUAUACUGAUGGAUGAUGUUGGUUGUUCUGGAGAUGAGCGGUCGCUUUCUAGUUGCUCCUAUACAUCGUCCCACAAUUGCGCGCAUUCCGAAGACGCAGGAGUGGUGUGCGGAGGAUCAGGUACUGGUAACAUUCGUCUUGUCGGCGGAAGUUCUUCCAACGAGGGUAGGGUUGAACUGUUCGUCAAUAACCAGUGGGGGACAGUCUGUGAUGACCUGUGGGACAUCAAUGAUGCCCAGGUUGCUUGCCGUCAGCUCGGCCUCGGAUCUGCUGUGUCUGCUACCACCAAUGCUCGAUUCGGCCAGGGAUCAGGCGACAUCUUGCUGGAUAACGUCGGAUGUACCGGAAGUGAGGCAUCAAUUUUAUCCUGCAACCACGAAGGCAUAGGUUCCCACAACUGUGGCCAUUCGGAAGAUGCUGGUGUCAUCUGUAGUGGCCGCACUGGAUCAGAUAUACGCUUAGUUGGUGGCAGCAGCCCCACAGAGGGAAGGGUCGAAGUCUUAGUCAACAACGCAUGGGGAACGGUUUGUGAUGAUCUCUGGGACAUGAACGACGCCAACGUUGCCUGUAGACAGCUCGGAUACGGUCGAGCCACCUCGGCUCCAGGAAAUGCCCGCUACGGCCAAGGAAGCGGGAAUAUCUUCCUUGAUAAUCUUGGCUGCACUGGUGGAGAAAGUUCUCUCUUCUCCUGUUCUCAUAACGGAGUUGGAAGUCAUAACUGUGGCCAUGGAGAGGAUGCAGGGGUCGUUUGUAGUAGCAGCCUUUCAGCAGAUAUACGCCUAGUUGGUGGCAGUAGCCAAACGGAGGGAAGGGUCGAAGUCUUCGUCAACAACGCUUGGGGAACGGUCUGUGAUGAUCUCUGGGGUAUGGAUGAUGCCAACGUUGCCUGUAGACAGCUAGGGUUCGGUCCAGCCAUUUCUGCUUUCAGCAACGCCCGCUACGGCCAAGGAAGUGGUAGGAUUCUACUUGACAACCUAGGAUGCACUGGUGCAGAAACUUCCCUCCUGAACUGUCCUCACAACGGAGUAGGAAGCCAUAAUUGCGGCCACUCUGAAGAUGCUGGAGUAAGCUGUACAGCAAAUACACAAGAUUCCCGAAUCCGUUUGGUUGGUGGCCGGAACAGCCGAGAGGGUCGAGUCGAGAUCUUCCUCGAUAACGAAUGGGGUACCGUUUGUGACGAUGCCUGGGGCACACCUGAUGCUAAUGUGGUCUGCCGCCAGCUUGGAUAUGAUUCAGGUGGUAGUGCAAGAUCUUCAGCUCACUUUGGACGAGGCUCUGGUCGAAUUCUCCUUGACAAUGUAGAGUGCACAGGAAAUGAGAGGUCGUUGGCAUCGUGCCCUCAUAAUGGCGUAGGGGUACAUAACUGCGGACAUCAAGAGGAUGCAGGCGUGGUCUGCACUGGAGUGACGACAAUGCCAGGGAUGAAUGUUCGCAUUGUUGGUGGCGCCAGUCGAUCUGAAGGACGUGUUGAGGUAUUGGUCGGUCACCGUUGGGGCACGGUAUGUGAUGACCUGUGGGAUAUCAAUGAUGCCAAUGUGGUGUGUCGACAGCUAGGUUUCUCCGGUGCAACAUCCGCAACCAUGUCUGCUUCCUUCGGUCCAGGGUCGGGGGAUAUUCUGUUAGAUGACGUCAGUUGCUCGGGUACUGAGACAAGCCUCCUUGACUGUCAACACCGUGGGGUUGGUUCUCAUAACUGUGCUCAUAGUGAAGAUGCUGGAGUUAUAUGUGAAACAUUAGCAGGUCCUGACGUGGGAACAUACAUGAGGCUUGUAGGUGGACUAAACUCCCAUCAAGGUCGACUCGAGAUCAACAUCAACAACCAGUGGGGGACAGUCUGUGAUGAUUCUUGGGGAAUCAAUGAUGCCAUAGUUGUAUGCCACCAGCUUGGCUUCCCGUCUGCAAUCUCCGCCCCGACUUCGGCUCACUUCGGACAGGGAUCAGGGACAAUAUGGCUAGAUGACGUUAAUUGUGUGGGAAAUGAGAAUUCCUUGAUGGACUGUGGACAUAGAGGAAUUGGAGUUCACAACUGCAGGCACUCGGAAGAUGCAGGAGUAGUCUGCAGUGCAAGUGAUGGCCCUCUCAAUGUCCGCCUGGCCGGUGGCAGCAGUGGGAUGGAGGGUCGGGUCGAGAUAUCCAUGGGAGGAGAAUGGGGAACGGUUUGCGAUGACUCCUGGGGCAUACAGGACGCUCACGUGGUGUGCCGUCAACUCGGCUUCGGUCCUGCGUUAUCAGCCACUACUUCAGCAUCGUUUGGACAGGGCUCAGGGAGGAUUUUGUUGGACAAUGUUGAAUGUGACGGGGAUGAAGCCAGUAUCGCUGACUGUCCUCAUAAUGGGGUAGGUGUCCAUAAUUGCGGUCAUCAGGAGGAUGCAGGCGUUGUUUGCUCUCGAGCAACGGGUGAGGUCCGUCUCGUUGGAAGCUCUCGACAAAAUGAAGGAAGGGUUGAAAUCCUCGUCAAUGGAAGAUGGGGAACCGUUUGUGAUGAUUUAUGGGAUUUACGAGAUGCCAACGUUAUCUGCAGACAACUUGGAUAUGGAGAUGCUAUCUCAGCUCCACAGUCUGCUUUCUUUGGAGCUGGACGUGGAGACAUUCUUCUCGAUGACGUCAGCUGUACAGGAUCUGAAGGUGAUAUUCUUGACUGCUCCCAUGCAGGGAUAGGAACCAAUAACUGCGGCCAUAAUGAAGAUGCUGGUGUGGUCUGUGGUCUCAAUGUUCGCCUCGUGAACGGAUCACGCUCAAACGAAGGAAGAGUCGAGAUCCUCUACGAGGGUUCUUGGGCAACAGUCUGCGACGAUGACUGGGACAUCGAUGAUGCAACGGUAGUCUGCCGACAACUCGGCUUCCCUUCAGCUAACCAUGCCGUGACACAAGCAUUCUACGGUCCAGGGUCGGGUGAAAUCGCUCUAGAUAAUGUGGCUUGUACUGGAGAUGAAGCUUCUUUGGUAGAAUGUCAGCACGCUGGACUUGGUACCCAUAAUUGCGGUCACAGUGAGGAUGCUGGAGUCAUAUGCUCCGUCAAUGUUCGUCUCAGCGAUGGUAACACCCCUUCAGAGGGAAGAGUCGAGCUCUACUAUGACGGUCAGUGGGGUACUGUCUGUGAUGAUGAUUGGACGAUUCAGAAUGGUCACGUGGUCUGUCGAUCUCUGAGUUUCGGUGACGCCGUUGCCGUGACCGAAAGAGGAAGGUUUGGGCAUGGUCAAGGACCGAUUUACCUAGACAACAUUAACUGUAUAGGAUCAGAGACAAGUCUAUUGAACUGUUCUCAUUCUGGUCUUGGUACUCAUGAUUGUGAUCAUUCGGAAGAUGCCGGCGUUGUGUGUUCCCAGCCAGAUACAAUCCGUUUGGUCGGUGGUUCCUCUAAAUACGAAGGACGGGUUGAAAUACUGCAGAAUGGUGCUUGGGGUACGGUCUGUGAUGAUCUAUGGGACAUGCACGAUGCUGCCGUGGUGUGCCGAGAACUCGGAUAUGCCACAGCACUGGAGGCUAGGUCACGGGCGAGUUUCGGGCAAGGCACUGGUUUGAUUCUUCUUGAUGAUGUGCGAUGCAGCGGGAGGGAGAUUCGACUCGUUGAUUGCCCGCAUAACGGACUGGGUCAGCAUAACUGUCAACAUCUUGAAGAUGCUGGAGUGGUUUGUCAAGAUAUUGUUGAGCUUCGUCUUGUGAAUGGCCGAACCCCAAACACUGGUAGAGUGGAGCUAAGGUACCAAGGUCAAUGGGGAACUAUUUGUGAUGAUGGUUGGGAUGUGACUGAUGCUGCUGUCGUAUGCCGUGAACUCGGCUUCCCGCGGGCCAUCUCGGCGAACCAUCAAGCAUCGUUUGGGCAAGGCAUCGGUACUGUCUUCCUAUCAGACAUUUCGUGCGGAGGACAAGAAUCGACCAUUUUCAGUUGCCCUAACUCCGGUGUUGGUCUGAACAGCUGUAGCCAUGGAGAAGAUGCGGGGGUCGUGUGUAUGCCAAAAAUUCGUUUAAGUGGUGGUACCAACUCUAAUGAAGGAAGAGUAGAGGUCUUUAUGAAUGGCCUAUGGGGUACAGUGUGUGACGAUGCUUGGGAUAUCUACGAUGCUGAAGUAGUCUGCAGACAACUUGGUUUUGAAGGAGCUGUCGGAGAGGCUCUUACAAAGGAUCGUUUUUCAGCAGGUUUUGGUCCUAUUCACAUGUCUAAUGUAAGAUGCUCUGGUGAUGAGAGUGAAUUGUCAGAGUGUUAUCAUAGCGUACUUGGUCAACAUUCUUGUGGUCAUCACAAUGACGCAGGUGUAGUUUGCUCAGUUCCAGUUCGCCUUGUUGACGGUACGAUGCCAAAUGAAGGUCGCGUGGAAAUAUUCGCCAAUGGUUUCUGGGGUACAGUCUGCGAUAGAGAAUGGGAUAUCAAAGACGCCACCGUGGUAUGCCGGGAACUCGGCUUUGGGCCUGCGGUUGAGGCCACGGCUGGGGCACGAUUUGGACCAGGAACUGGCGCUAUCACACUCAGCAAUGUUCAGUGUGAUGAAUCCGAGGACAAGCUAAUUGAUUGUGAACAUGAUCAAUUUGGAGUACACAACUGUAAUCAUGGUUUAGAUGCUGGUGUUAUAUGCAGAGGACCAGAGUCUAUUCGCCUUGUCAACAACGAGGAGCUGGACUCUAACAAAGGUCGACUUGAGAUCUUCCACGCUGGUAGCUGGGGUACCGUCUGUGACGAUGACUUUGACAUGUUUGACGCGAUCGUCGCUUGUCGUCAGUUGGGCUUCCUGAUGGCGCUAUCAGUGGUACCUUCAGCCUAUUACGGGGAUGGUUCAGGUCCUAUCCACCUUGAUAACAUGCGAUGUACUGGAACUGAGGAAAACCUUAUGGAGUGUCCACGGGGCAACUCUGGACCUGGACAUGACUGCAGUCACUCUGAGGAUGUUGGUAUCGUCUGCUAUGCUGGAAGUGCUGUCAGGUUAGAAGACGGUCAGCACCACUAUCAAGGUCGUGUAGAGAUCAUGAUUGAUAACGAGUGGGGUACUGUCUGUGAUAAAUCAUUUGAUAUCGACGAUGCUUCAGUGGUAUGCAGGCAAGUCGGUUAUCCCGGUGCAGUUGAAGUUGUUCCAAAGGCUGGAUUUGGGGAAGGAAUGGGUGAGAUCCACGCCAGCUACCUGGAGUGUACCGGUGAUGAGAGCGCCAUCACUGACUGCAGAAUGUCUAGUCAGGAAUCUCUUGGUAACUGCUCACACAGCGAUGAUGUAGGUGUGAUCUGCCAAUCACCAGUUCGCCUGUCUGGAGGAAACAAUCAUAAUGAAGGAAGAGUAGAGGUGUUCUUGGCUGGUACUUGGGGUACGAUCUGUGAUGAUGGUUGGGAUAUCAAUGAUGCGUCCGUUGUCUGUCGUCACUUAGGCUACCAAUCUGCCUCAAGGGCGACUACGGAUGCAUUCUUUGGAGGAGGUGAAGGACCUAUCUUCAUGGAUGGGGUGUCUUGUGAUGGUGAUGAAGUGGACCUUACCAUGUGCCAGCAUGCAGGAAUCGGCUUCCAUAAUUGCGGGCAUCAUGAAGACGCUGGAGUCGUCUGCAGCUCUUCAUAUUCAGUGCGGCUGGCUGGCGGGCCGAACCCUCGUCAAGGACGCGUGGAAGUCCUCGCCAACAACCAGUGGGGUACUGUAUGUAAGGAAGGAUGGGAUCUUGUGGAUGCCGAUGUUCUCUGUCGCCAGCUGGGCUUCCUGGAUGCGUUGCCGUCCUCCUUAUAUCGGAGCUUUGGUGCCGGGGUCGGUCCUAUCCACUGGCAUCACAUGAGAUGUGUUGGCACGGAGCAAUCGCUUGCUGACUGCCCGGAAGGCAGUGGAAGCUCCCUAAGCUGUUCGCACUUCUCAGACGCCGCUGCCGUCUGUAAUGCUGCAGUGAGUCUCGUUGGUGGCAGGAGCAUCGCAGAAGGGUUCGUACGAAUAUUCCUGAACGGCCGUUGGGGUACUGUCUGUGACGAUAACUGGGACAACACCGACGCCACCGUGGUCUGCCAGCAGCUGGGUUACGACAGCGGCAAGGCCAUCAUCAACAACAAUCCUCUCCUCGGACCGUCGUCUAUCAACUACUUCUCAGAUUCUGUACCUAUCUGGUUCAACAAUGUCAAUUGCGCCGGCGGGGAGAGCGCCCUCUACGACUGCCAACACUCGGGUCUGGGAAACCACAAUUGUGGUCAUGAGGAGGAUGUCUAUGUACGCUGCGAGUGAAAACAAAUAUUGUUAUUCCAUCUUGCCAUGUUUGGGAAUCAUUCAUUCCUAGAAAGAAGCGUAUAUUCUAUUUAAAAUUUUAUUUUGAAGGAAUAAGUUGUCAUUUAAACUAGUUUUUUAAGUAUCUAACCAAAGAUGUGUGUUGUAUAUAUAGCUGAACUAUGAGGGAAAACAAUCAAUUUAAUGAGGUUUGUUUGAAAGCAUGUAGAUAUAUAGACUAUUUUUUAUCAAUUUUUUAAUGUAGAUAACUCAAAAUAUCUCCCUCUUCCGUUUUAGAAUAUUUUUUCUUUUAGAAUGCAUAGGGGCAUUUGAUCAUCAGCACUUGGGAUUAGUCAGGCAUCUUCACAAAAUUUGGGGGACUGAAUUUACAAUAGCGCAAUUUUUCUUACAUGAAUCAAGAGUAUCAUUUUUAGAUAGGGUGCGUAGAAAUUAAUGGCUGGCACCCUAAAGCUAAUUUAUACAAAUUUUACAUAGAUAACCAAAUUCAUUAUCUCACUGCAGUGAAAUAAUGUAUAAACGUCAUUUUGGCUUCAAAUUUAAAUGAUUCCAUAAAUUGCUUGACUAAGAUUCUAUUAAAAUGCUAAUUCAUGCACCAUUAUGUGUGAAUUAUAUGCAGGAAAAGCAGAUUCAACCAUAUCUCAUGGAAUAGCUGUCAAAAAGGGCUAAUUACUCUGCAUAUAUAUUCUCCACUUUUAAGUAGGGCAUUAGUUUUGAACUGAAUUCCAUGAAAUUUGUGACUGGUAUAUACUUAAAAUGUUGAUUUAUGCAUAUAUAAUAACUUAUAUUUACAUGUCUGUCUCCACUUGUCCCCUUUUUGUCUCUGUCCCCCCCCCCCCUCUUUCUGUCUGUCUCUCUAAUUCUACCCUUUCUUCACCUCUAUUUGUCUCCCUUCU